ACACCAAUUUGACAAAAAUUCGCGACAGCCGGGUUUUUAUCACGCUUUAUCAGAUUUUUUUUUCUUAUCAAUAAAUUCCACCUCAAUUGCGCCUGCAAGUCUACAUAAAUACCGCAUAAAUAGCAAGGUGCUGAACUCUAGCAGGUACUACUAAAGAUCAACAUAAUCAGUCGUCUAGAUAGAGUCUACCAGUGAGGGUUAAAAGCAACAGCAAUGAGUUCUUCAAACAACCACAUUCUCUACGGGGGCCCUGACCCAGACAUAACAGAUGGUGAAAAAUCUCUCGGAGAGCUCGUCUUGAACCGCUGUGCCCUCUACAGCGACCAAAUAGCCUUGAUUGAUGGCGUCACAGCGGAAGAGCUAAAGUACAGCCAGCUUCGGCAGAGGAGUAUUCAAUAUGCCAGGAUUAUGCAGGAAGAGGGUCUCAAGGCAGGUGACGUGAUUGGGAUUUGCAGUGAGAAUCGCUUGGAUUUUCCCUGCGUCCUCUUUGGUGCCUUCUGCCUCGGGAUCACCGUUGCCCCACUCAAUUUAACAUAUUCCGACAGUGAACUUCAUCAUUCCCUGAAUCUAUCAAAGCCAAAAUAUAUUUUUGCAUCACCAUAUGUGAUUGAAAAGGUCGCACAUGUGGUCAAGAAGAAUGCCUUUGUGCGGAAAGUUGUGGUUUUUGGGGAGGAUAAUUUCUCCCUGAAGGGUAUUCAGUGCAGCAAGGAUUUCCUCGAAAGUAGACGCUACCCCGAUGGCCUGCCCUUUUAUGCAAAACCCAUCAAUAUUAAGGACACUGUUGCCCUCAUUUUGUGCUCCAGUGGAACCACUGGACUACCAAAAGGUGUUCAGCUAACACAGUAUAACAUCCUCGUGGCAAUUGCUCAUAUUGGACUGGGAGUCUUUUCAAUUGAUAUGCCCAGGAAAGAUAUGGUGAUCCUUGGAAUAAUUCCUUGGUUCCAUGCCUUUGGUUGCCUAACCCUCUGCGGAAUGUCUUUAUCCGGCAUUCGGAUGGUUUUGCUGCCAAAGUUUGAGGAAUUCCUCUUUUUGAGCUGCAUUGAGAACUACAAAGUCACCCAAAUGUUCCUUGUACCCCCACUAAUGGUUUUCCUGGCGAAACAUCCACUUGUUGACACAUACGACAUGUCAACUGUUGAGGAAAUUAUCUGCGGAGCUGCACCACUUAGCAAAGAGAUUGAAGAGGCAGUGUCAAAGAGAAUUGGAGUUGUUGUCAAGCAGGGAUAUGGAAUGAGUGAAAUGACUUUGAGCACAUUGUUACAGACUAACCUCCGAAAACCAGGGAGUGUUGGGAAUCUUCGUCCUGGGAUGUGGGGGAAGGUAAUUGAUCCGGAAAAUGGAAAGAUCCUGGGGCCAAAUCAACCAGGAGAGCUUUGUUUCAAGGGAUCCCAAAACAUGAAGGGCUACAUUGGAAAUGAUCGAGCCACUAAAGAGACUAUUGAUGCCGACGGAUGGCUGCAUACGGGGGAUAUUGGCUAUUUUGACGAUGAUGAGCAAUUCUUCAUUGUUGAUCGUCUGAAGGAGUUGAUCAAGUAUAAAGGCUACCAAGUACCACCGGCUGAAAUUGAGGCUCUACUCCUGACCCACCCUAAAAUACGCGAUGCAGCCGUUGUGGGACUUCCCGAUGAGGCUGCUGGUGAACUUCCCUUUGCUUUUGUCGUCAAACAACCCGAUGUUGAUCUCACUGAUGCCGAAGUCAUUGACUUUGUGGCAAAGAAGGCAUCACCGGCUAAACGAUUGCACGGUGGGGUUAAAUUCCUCGAAGAAAUCCCCAAAAAUCCCAGCGGAAAAAUUCUUCGUCGUGAAUUAAGAGGCAAACUUAAACAAAUGUUUAAGUCUAAAUUGUAAAAAAGAUGUCAGGAAGGAAUUUUACUUUGGACUAAACUUCCGUUUUUACUGUCUAAAAUUGAAUGUUGUGAAGAAAAGUAUAUAAAAUUCACAAAGAUAUACUCAAAGAAAUUUUUAAACACAAAAGUACUUAAAGGUUUUUAGUGGCCAAACUUUUUUUCAGGGAAAUAUAAAAAUAAAUUCUUUUUAAAUAUAUAAGUUGAAGGCAAGAAAAA